AUGGCGUGGUCCAUCGCUCAAAAUGAGAAUAUAUGCGCACCAAACUCAUGCAGUUUGGCAGCAUUACAAUUUUUAGCUUUUUUAACCAAUUACCUUGGCUACUCAUACGAUAGUAAUUUUGUCAAUCGCAAUGUAAAAAUAGAUUCAGAGUAUGAUUUUAUCAUCGUCGGGGCUGGAAGUGCUGGUUGCGUUGUUGCAAAUCGUUUGAGCGAAAUCAAAAAUUGGAAGAUUUUGGUACUAGAAGCAGGCGAUGAGGAACCAAUAAUAGCAGAUUUACCAGCACAAGAACAGAUUCUAUAUCCGAGUAGUAUCAGCUACUCUUACUACACUCAACCUGAGGACAACGCAUGUGAAGCUAGCAAUAACAGAAGAUGUUUAACGAUUCGUGGAAAAGCUUUAGGAGGUUCUAGUGUCGUUAAUAGUAUGUUGUAUGUUCGAGGGAAUAAGUUUGACUACGAUACAAUUGCUAGUCACGGAAAUCCAGGCUGGGGCUGGAAAGAUGUCUUACCUCACUUUAAAAAAUCAGAAGACCUCAGGUAUCCUGAAGUAAGUAAUGUGCUGUAUUACAUACUUAUUGAAAAGUUUUUCAUUUUAGAAAAAUAUCCGGAUGCUCACUCAACUGGCGGGUAUCUAACAGUUGGGGGUCUACGCAAGGAAAAUGUGGGUGACACGAUUUUUGAAGCCUUUAAAGAACUAAACUACACAGAAACGGACUAUAAUUCUGGUGAUCAGCUUGGGUUGUCGAGACUCCAAUUGACUCGCAUAAACGGAGCCCGCCAAAGUGCUAAUGGUGCUUUUAUCAGACCUAUCCGCGGAAGAAGAUCCAACUUAGUUAUCAAGCUGAUGACACGAGUGACUAAGAUUAUCAUCGAUAAACGGGAAAAGAGAGCCAUUGGUGUAGAGUAUGUGACUGGAAAUUCUCGAAGGAUACACAAAAUUUUUGCUUCGAAGGAAGUAAUAGUUUCGGGUGGCACCAUAGAAUCGCCAAAGCUGCUGAUGCUCUCUGGGAUAGGUCCUGUGGCGGAGCUGAAAGAAGCUGGUAUCGAAGUAAUAAAAGAACUACCAGUGGGAUCUUACCUUCAUGAUCAUGUUUGCACUAAUCCUGUCGUGGUUGAAUUCCCAAAUGGUUACACUGGGCCAUUAACGUUUGAUUUAAUUCAAAAUGAUAUUAGCUACUGGCUAAGUACUCACGAGGGGGUAAUGGCAAGUUCAAGAUUGUUUGAUGUUCAUUUGUUUAUUCGAACUCGAUUGGCGAAAGAAAUUGAUGGACCAGAUGUACAAGUAAUAUUUCUCAAGCAUUACCACGGAAAAACGGAUUUUAAGACACCGAAUUUUGUGCCAUAUUACAAUAGAAUUACAUUUUCUGUUUGCCUGCUAACUCCCAAAAGCAGUGGAUCUUUAAGACUAAAUAAGACCAAUCCUAUCUGGAGUCAUCCGUUAAUAUACGGUAAUUACCUAAAGGAUCCACAUGAUCUCAAAGUUUUAAUUGAAGGAGUCAGAACAGUAAAUAAAGUACUCGAGACGUCAACCUUUAAAAAAGCAGGAUACAAACGCGUACCAAUACCAGCUCCUGGUUGUGAAAAGUACGAUUAUGACUCGGAUGAGUUUUACAAGUGUUUUGCUAAGCGGUUUACCACCCCUGGGUGGCACUCCGUAGGCACUUGUAAGAUGGGACAAGUAAGUGAUCCAACUUCGGUUGUGGAUGCAAGAUUGCGUGUUCAUGGAAUAUCCGGAUUGAGAGUGAUUGACGCAUCUAUUUUACCGUUUACUCCCAGGGGAAAUACCCUUGGACCAGCCAUCAUGACUGGCGAGAAAGGAAGUGAUUUCAUAAAAGAUGAUUGGUUGGCAGUGCAUUGA